GCAAGGUUUGAUUAGGGUUUUAGCCCUUAACACGGAAAAGUUUGGUCCGACCCGGAACGCAACCCUACCUCUGUAGCCGGUGGGGCCGAAAAUUCAUACAGAGGAACGCGACGCGAGGGACCGUAGGGUUGCCUCUGUAACCAAACAGCUCGGCGUUUUGAAGCUUAUUCCGGAGUAGGGUUACUCUUCGCCCACACAACUAUCUUCUUUAGGCAGUUAGGCGCCAAUAAACCAAAGUCCUGCCCCAGCAUGCUCUUGUUUUGAAUGACUAUUGAAAGCACAUCAAGGCUAAAUUCAGGGAAGAUUUUGUUGCUUGGCUGGAUGUGUUAGGAGUUGAAACCAGAAUUAGUAUGUGGCAAUGAACUGGAGGUACUGGCAGGGAUAGGUGGUUGUGGUGGUGUUACAGUCAUGAAGAUCAGUGGUGAGCGGUGAUGGUAAGGCGGUGGCAUAAGUUUAGGUGUUUCCGUGGCAAUGUCAGUGUAUGACCCAGAAUUUUUCCAUUUCAUGUGGGAAAAAGGAAUGGGCAGCCAAGCCCCUACAAAUAAUGAUCGUUCAAGAACAUAUUGGACACCAACAAUGGAGCGCUAUUUUAUUGAUCUUAUGUUAGAACAUAUGCACAGAGGUAACAGGGUUGGCCAUACCUUUAACAAGCAAGCAUGGACAGAUAUGCUUAAUGUGUUCAAUGCUAAAUUUGGAUCUCAAUAUGACAAAGAUGUUCUGAAAAGUCGUUACACAAAUUUGUGGAAGCAAUUCAAUGAUAUAAAAAAUCUUCUCAGCCAAGGUGGUUUUUCUUGGGAUGAAACUCAACAAAUGGUGAUUGCUGAUGAUUAUAUCUGGGAUGCCUAUAUCAAGGCUCACCCAGAUGCACGCUCCUACAAAACUAAACCAGUGCUGAACUUUGAUAAUUUAUGCAUGAUAUAUGGGUAUACUACUGCUGAUGGAAGAUACAGCCGUUCGAGUCAUGAUGUAGACAUUGAGGAAGAUUUCCAAGCAGUGAAUACAGGUGCUGGAACAGGUAGCUUAGCUUCUUCAAGCAAUGAGCGUUCAAGAACAGAUUGGACACCAACUAUGGACAAUUACUUCAUUGAGCUUAUGCUGGACCAACUCGGAAGAGGCAAUAAGAUCGGUAAUACAUUCAACAAACAAGCAUGGACAGAUAUGCUCUCCUUCUUCAAUGCAAAAUUUGGUCCUCAACAUGGUAAAAGGGUUCUAAGACACAGAUACAAGAAAUUGUGGAAAUAUUAUUUUGAUGUAACAAUUUUACUUAAACAAAAGGGGUUUUCUUGGGAUGAAGCACAGCAAAUAGUGGCGGCUGAUGAUGAUGUCUGGGAUGCUUAUAUCAAGGCACAUCCAUACGCACGAUCAUAUCGAAUGAAAACUUUACCAAGCUACAAAGACUUGGGCUUAAUAUAUGGAGAUGUAAUAGGCGAUGGGAAUCAUUGUCAUUUGCAUGAAAGUGAAGAUAUGGAAGACAAUGACAUCUUGGGGAACAAGGCUGGCGAAGGAAAGGAGGGACAAAUUCCCACUGGCACUGAUCGUUCAAGAACAUAUUGGACACCACCAAUGGACCGCUAUCUCAUUGAUUUGUUACUAGAACAGGUGCACAGGGGAAAUAAACUUGGGCAGACAUUCAUAAGCCAGGCUUGGGUUGACAUGGUCAAAAGAUUCAAUGUGAAAUUUAAAUCUCGCCAUGAUAAAGAUGUUUUGAAGAAUCGAUACAAGCAUUUGAGGAGGCAAUACAAUGAAAUAAAGAUUCUUCUUGAAAAGAGCGGAUUUUCUUGGGAUGAUACACGGGAAAUGGUGAUAGCUGAAGAUCAUGUUUGGGAUGCUUAUAUAAAGGCACACCCUGAUGCUCGAUCAUAUAGAGUUAAAACUGUUCCGAGCUAUCAUAAACUAUGUAUUAUAUAUGGGCAAGAAAGUUUUGAAGGAAGAUAUGGCCGUUUGGCUCGCAAUGCAGAACCUGACAGUGAAAUCUCGGUUUCAAUGAAUGGUGAAGAUAAUGGUUGUCAACCCCUCUCCCAUGCCUAUCCACUGAGCAUAGAUUGGACACCAUCAAUGGAACGUUAUUUUAUUGACCUUAUGUUAGAGCAGAUGCAAGAAGGAAAUAUGAUCGGUCAGACAUUCAAUGAGCCAGGAUGGGUUCGCAUGGUUGCAUCAUUCAGUCAAAAGUUUGGACUUCAAUUCGAUAGAUGUAUAUUAGAAGAUAAGCAUUUGAGCUUGAUAAAAGAAUAUAACGACAUCGGCAACAUUCUCAAUCUAAGUGGUUUCAUAUGGGACGGAACUCAACAAAUUUUAAAAGCUGAUGAUAUUGUCUGGGAAGCUUUUGUCAAGGAGUACCCAGAUGCAAUUGCAUACAGGGGUAAAAUACUAGGGAGUUAUCAUGAUUUGUGCCUGAUUUUUGGAAAUGGAACUUUGGAUGGAUUAAUUGGUCAUAAGGUUCUAGAGAUGGAAACUGACCAUAAGGCCGCUGAUAUGGAGGUGGAUGGGAUAUCUGCUGCUCUACAAUCCUCAGAUGGGGACGUUGAAAUAACCAACCUGAGAAAGAAACGACAAGCGACCCCAACCACCUUGGCAAAUUCAAGAAAAGUCCAUAAACCCAGCAAAGUGGGGAUGCCGAAGGCUCUCACCGAGAUGGCUGGCGUUGUCUCAUCAUUGGCAAAUAAGAAAGACGACAAGAAUUUUAACUCAAUAGAAAAUGCAAUUGAUGCACUUCAAGCUAUACCAGACAUAGAUGAUGAGCUUUUGUUGGAUGCUUGUGAUCUUCUGGAAGACGAUAGGAAAGCAAAGACGUUUCUGGCAUUGGAUGCCACCCUGCGAAAGAAGUGGUUGCUGAGAAAGCUUCGCCCGCAGUAGUGUUGCAAGCUCUGAGGGUACUCGAUACCCUACUGCCCUAUAACUUGCGUCCAAGUUUUAACAGUAAGAACUAGAUUAGUUAGUUGACCAGGAAUUCUUCUCGAGUCGUCUUUAUUUAUUUAUUUAUUUGGUUUUUUCUUUUGGCUGCUGCGUCAAUGUGCCCCCUGCAAGUUUUUGAGCAGGUUUUGCUGGUGGCCAGAUGCAGAUAGUGAAAAUUUUGCAUCAAAUAGUUAUGCUGUAUUUGUUACUGCAGCUUUUAUGUUAAUAGGCGAAUGAUCAUAUUGCUGCGAUUGUCGUAAGCAGACCACAUCCACAGUCCGUGGCCAUAUAUGUACCUGGGGUGCAAUUUAUCUCCAGGUUGCGUUAGCGUAAAAUUGUAUAAAAUUUAAUAUAAUUGUAGAUAUUUUGUCCAAAA